AUGACAAAAGACGGAACCCCAGCAAGUCACAUGGGGCCUGAGGCACUGGGCGAAGAGCCAGGGGAUCACAGGUCGGCCACUCCCUCGCCCAUCAAUACUCCCCUUAGACAGUCAGGGACAGUUCAGGUUGCUGGUUCUGCUGAGCCCAUUGUGGCCUUAGUUGGCGAUGACGUCAUCCUGCCUUGCACCCUGAGACCCACCUUUAGCGCUGUGUAUCAGACAGUAGAAUGGCAGAGACCUGACCUAAAACCAAAAGAGGUGCAUCUUUACAGAGAUGAGAAGGACGACCUUGUGCUCCAGAAUCCAUCAUUCAGGGGAAGGACGUCACUGUUUAAAGAAGAACUAGAGGAAGGCAACGCUAGUUUAAAGCUGAUCAGAGUGGAACUCUCUGAUGCUGGAAACUACACCUGUUACAUUCCACUGUUGGACCACCAGAAAACCACCAUUCAACUCAUUGUUGGUGCAGCGUCUCGACCAGUAAUCUCCAUUGAAGGAAUCAAAGGUGAUGAGGUGGUCCUGCGCUGUGAGGCUGAAGGCUGCUACCCAGAGCCUGUCAUGGAGUGGUUCCAGUAG